AUGACCAACUGGUUCGAGUACGAGUCUGGCCAUGCAUGGUGCGAAAGUGCCUAUAAAUAUCAAACUUUACCAUUGGUAGCCGAGUUUGCAAAUACGAUGACAAACCUGCCAAUUAUAGUCCUGCCCUUGCUAAACGCUAUGAUGUUAAGAAGAUAUAUCAAAGAGGUGAAUGCCGGUAUACUGGUUCCACAAUUACUGCUUACAUUUAACGGAUUAGCUUCGACAUAUUAUCAUGCCACACUGAAUCUAUUCGGUCAACUAGUCGAUGAGCUCUCCUUAGUAUGGAUCAUUACCAUGUUUGUUGUUGUUUAUAUUCCGGUUAUGCAAUGGUUUCCGAGGAAAUUUAGCCAGCGAUUGAAAACAUUCCGUCGCAUCGUAGUCAUUCUAACAGCAAUAUUCUCCGGAUUGUGCUUCUUGGAACCAACUUUAAAUGCUGUCGCUUUGAUGUUAUUUUCUGUGCCUGCUGCAUUAGUGAUUAAUUUCGAAGGCAGACAUUCUGGCAUUCCGGAUAUCGAGAACUUUCCACGAAGGGUUCUAUUCCUCUGGUUCACUUCAUUCGUUUUCUGGUUCGCUGAUCGACUACUUUGCGAUGUUUGGCUGUGGCUAGGCACUCCUUAUCUACAUGCAGCAUUCCACCUACUAGCUGGAAUGGCAGGAUACACCAUUUUCGUGAUGUUUUCCAUGAUCGACAUUGAAAAAAGAAGCCCAACUCACAACUUUACGGCCGCUGUUCGUUAUUUCCCUGAUAAGAGUGGAUCGAUCUUCUCGUUCCCAUACAUUUCUCUACAAGAGAAACUUCGUCAAAAUUGACAGGAGGAAAACAAGGCGUCCAGCAAAUAGUACAUAUCCGUGAAGCACUUCUGCCUUCCAAGAUCGUUCACAAAAACUAACUGAUAGGACAUGUACCACACAUUAAUCUCGUUACGUAUUACCCGGGUAUUAUUCAGAUUUGCGUUUUUUGUGAUAAUCUGAACUUCAUCGCAUUUCUCACUUCUUUUUCGCGUUGUUAGAGCUUUAUUCAGAUUUUUGUACUUGUUUUGUUUUGCAUUGCUCAUCAUCUUAUGAGAUAUGCUUAUUCAUGAUUUUUACU